AUGCAGCGAACGGACACCUACGACAAGGCAUCAACCAUCAUCGACCUCGAGGAGCAUGCCUCGCUCGAUUCGCACCAGCCUGCCAUGAUGGCCUCGAAUUCGUCGCUGGUGCAGUAUUCUGGGGACACGUCUUCAGACGAGAGAAAGCUGAAGAAGCGCAAGAUUGAACGCGCUUGCGAUUUUUGCAGGAGAAGAAAGACUAAAUGUGAUGGGCCCAAGAUGAAGGACAAUGUCUGUACUAAUUGCGUGCAGACCGGACGCAGCUGCACGUAUAUUGAGAGUUCCAAGCCUCGAGGCCCCCCCAAAGCAUACAUCACGGCGUUGGAGGAUCGCGUAGAAAAGAUGGAGGUGCUGCUGAGAAGACUACGGCCUGAAGCGGACUUCUCCGCUGAGCUUGGGCCUCCCGUCGUUCGCGAUUCUUGGAAGAGCGAUGCUCCAGACACUCAGUAUGCCGGACAUCACCUCCCAACAUCCUCCGAGCGUCCCGCAUUCUCGGCGUCCACGUCUCGCUUCCAGUCCUUACUGCCGCUCGCGACGGCAAUCCCUCUUCCAGGAUAUACGUAUGGAUGUUGUGGCUUUGCAUCUGCUAAGCUUGAGGAGUCAAGCGCCUCCUUAGCAAAGCCUAAAAGAAAUCGACGUAGCAAGCAGGCGAGACCAUCGCCAGGCAUGCAUCACAGCGACAAAUCGUCAUCAGAGGCUCCUCUCUCUGCCUCUGAUCAUGAUGAUUCAUCAGUAGAGUUGAGCUUAGUGCAAGGAUUAACUCAACUGACUUUGCGCGGUUUGCGGCCUGCCCAUGUUACUUCCAAAGAACCGCAGGAUGGACAAUGGCGGUAUCACGGAAAAAGCAGCACCUUCAAGCUGAUACAUGCUACCAGAGAGCUCAAACAGCGACACAUGGACGAGGUUGGAGCGACCGCCCAGCCAAGCGCACCAGUGGUGAAUUCUGGUGGAGAGUGUUGCCAAACGUUCGCACCAAGAAGGCCGCACUUUUGGCAAUCAUUACCCUGGGAGAUCUCAUUCGAGGGCGUUGAUCGAUCGACGACGCCUGCUUUUUUAAUGUCGCACUGGCCGCCGAUGGAUCUUGCGAACAGCUUGGUCGAGCUCUACUUUGCUCGCAACAAUAGCCUCUUCCCCCUGCUCCAUCGCCCCAACUUCGAUAAGCACUGGAAUCAAGGGUUGUACCAAAACGAUGUAUGGUUCGCGUGCGUGUGCAUGGCGAUGUUCGCUGUGGCCAGUCGUUGGAGUGACGAUGCUCGGGUGCUCCCCGACGAGCAGAUGGUAAACAAUAUCAGCGAUAGUUCAGGUGACGGUCCGUGGGCGUUGGCUGGCUGGAAGUAUGUAAAUGCAGCCUUGGACGUACACAGGCAUCGCCGCAGUCUAUUCCUCCCAACAAACCUCUUUGAGGUGCAGACGUUAGUGCUGAUGGCUAUGUACUUCCGAGGGACGGUCGCACAUUCAGAAUCAUGGACCCUCAUAAGCAUCGGCAUUCGUAAGGCUCAGGAUGUUGGGGCACACCGCAAGAAGGUAUACGGGCGGAAGCCUACCGUAGAAGAAGAGCUCUGGAAACGGGCUGUGUGGCACCUCAUCGCAAUGGAUCGACUAGGCAGCAUGCUUGUAGGACGGUCAUGCUGCUGCAGAGAGGAAGACUUUGACCUCGACCUUCCUCUGGAAGUCGAUGAUGAAUAUUGGGAGAAUGACGACCCCAACCUAGCAUUUCAGCAGCCUGAAGGAAAGCCCGCUCUGGUUACCGCAUUCGUGUUCUGGGUCAAGCUGAGCCGCAUCACUGCCUUUGCUCUCAGAACUCUCUACGCGAUAGGCAGAUCCAAGCAGCCGCUUGGUCUGGUUGGACCACGCUGGAAAGAAGAUACUGUUGGCAGGUUGAAUGAGGCAAUGCUCGAAUGGAUCGACAGCAUCCCAGAACACUUGAAAUGGACGCCGCGGAUGGAGAUUGACGUCUUCGCCUCGCAAUCUGCCAUCCUCCAUAUGUCCUACUAUCUCUUGCAGAUUGCCGUCUACAGGCCGUUUAUGCCUGUCCCGCACUCUAUGGCAAUUGGUGGUGAUUCGCAAGAGCAUUCCGCUGCAUCGUCUGAAAAGCACGACGAGUCACUCGCCGCGCUGUCCAUCUGCACGAAUGCUGCCAAAGCGGGGAGCCAUAUCCUUGUGGUGCUGCUCGGAAGAGGUCUUCCACGGCAUACAGUCGUCGUUCAUUACGCAUUUGUGUAUGCAGGAGUGCUGCUAGUCAAUAUGUGGAUGCAGAUAGCGAAGGAGUCCGGGAGGGAGGAUCGCCGACGUCGGACUCGUGACCGCGCCCUCUCGCCUGCCGUGCAAGCACAGACGGGGGACCUCUUGCAACUUCUAGAUAUCAUGAAUAGCAUGAGACCGAGGUGGGAGCUGGCGCGGGAAGUUUGGUGA